CGCUCCCGUUCAACUUCCGCGCGUGCUCUCCCUGCGCUGUAACGACUUACGACCACCUACUAUCCUUAUUCCUGACGUUAACUGUAUGAACACACCUCUGUGCUAUUGUGUACAUGCGCAUCCUCCUACAACGAUGGCUGGUCGUCCUCGCGCUCGCGCGUGAGUUCUGUACCGCGUACUCGCCCAGCCAAGUCGAUGAUGUGCUCUUCGUUCAGGGCGGCAGGACGGACCAGUAUAACGAAUACUCAUAUUCCUCCGCACCACCCGUGAACGACAUGCUCGCUCUCCCCCUCACCUCUUCUUUUUCCCUCUCCUCUGUACCAUGGGACUAUGUCUCUGGCUGCUCAAACUGCUCUUCAUCACAAGGUCCCGCUGUCGCAUGGCAUACUCUGUCCCCACUCAACACGUCGUCCCUGCUUGUCUUUGGCGAGGCCAAUUCAGCUUCUUUUGUCAACAUCGCGAGCAUCACAAAGCCAGUAUGGAGCAUCGAGGCCGAGAGUUGGGCUGAGGAGCCGCUGCGAAGGAUGUACCACUCCGCGUCCGCCACUGGAGGCAAGGUAUACAUUAUCGGUGGCCAGAAGACCGAUGGCUCUGGCAACGCGUUUUCGACGCACUACGCGUUCGACCCCAGUGGGCCAUCGUUCACUCAGCUGCCUUCAACCAACGGCCCACCUGCUAUCUAUGGCCACGCUUCUAUCGUCCUGUCUGACGGGCGUUUGAUCGUGUUCGGCGGCUACAACGCGAACAGCAGCGAACUGAUACCUUUUACCACCAUAUGGUCGCUCUGCACGACAUGCACCAACCCAAGCUGGAGCACCGUCAAUGUCAAGUCGUCCAGCGCACCGAGUGGCCGCCGUGGCUUCGCUGCAGCACUCGUAGAUGGCGGAAAGAUUGUAAUCCAGGGCGGCGCGGAUGCGAGCAUGCAAACUGUGUAUAGUGAUGGUUAUAUCUUGGAUACUACGCAGGAUCCCAUGGAAUGGAGUGAAGCCAGUGCAUUGUCUCAACUCGGGGUCCGACGGGAUCAUUUCGCCGUCGGGCUCGGGUCGUACGUGCUUUUCGGAUUUGGCUACCAGUCCAACGGGCCCGCGUCAGCCGACCUCUUCUUCUUCGACUCUUCUAAGGGUACGUUCGCUUCUCCAUACAGCCCACCUGGCGCCGUGACCUCUCCCACGACUACCACCCUGUCCGGACCCAGGCCGACAUACACAACGGUCACCAACUCCGGUACGGGGCCUAGUCAAGGGUCUGGUUCGGCCACUGGUACAUCUGGAGGCAGCGGUUCCGCUGGUUCCGCCAACCCCACGUCCACGGGAGGCGGUAGCGGGGACGGUAAUGGCAACGGGAACGGGUCAGGCUCGGGCUCGGGGUCUGGCUCAGGGAGUGGAACCCCCGCAAGCGAUUCCUCGUCGGGCAACCACCACGUUACCAUCGCACUCGGCACGAUCUUCGGUGUCCUGGGUCUUCUUGUCGGGACCUCCGCGGCGGUGUGGUACUACAGGCGCUCGCACUCGCAGGACAGCUUCCACCAGCUCGCCGGCACGGGAGACACGGACGACUUCGAUGGGGAUCUGCCCAUGGCGGGCGGGUCCAGGGAGAAGCCGCUCCCGCACCAUCCCGUCAUGCAGACCGUCAAGAACAAGUUAGGCUCGAUCGUCCCUGGCUUGGCUGCCACCGCCAUCCCGCCCAACACGCGCCGGGACAUACUCGCAGAUGAGGACACGCGUCACUUUGACCCGUCGUAUAGUGCUGGCGUCCGGAGGGACACGAGCACCGGUGGCUCGUCCUGGAGCUCGCGCGGGGCUGGUGGCAGGCGGCCGACGUGGGGCAGCGUGAUGCAUGGGAGCCUGGCGUCGCUACGCACUGUGGGCGGCGCGAUGUUUGACUAUGCGGCGGGCCAUCGGACGUAUGGCGCGAGGCGGGAAGGGAGCGGGGCGAGCUCGUGGUGGGAGAAGGGGACGUACUCUGACGGGCCCAGCGCUGCUCUUAUGGGCGCCGCCGCUGGGGAGGCACCCGUCUGGCGCGACGAUGUCCAGCUCGCACUUCACGCUCCCCCGGAGUACCUCGACUCGGACGACGACGACGACGAUCUCGAGAAGGGGUUGUCUGACUUAGACCUGACCGACCCACCCCCACUUCCAUACGCAUACGUUCGCCCGCCACAGGCAGCGUUCGGCACUGUAGACCUCACGCGACUCUCGCCCGUCUCAGAGCAGCUAUCGAUACCCACCCUCUCCCGCACGUCUGCCUCAGAUACCUCACAUGGCUCGCACGCGACGUCGCCUACGCCGAUCAACAACACCUCGCACACCUCGCACAGCGGUACCUUGGUUCAAGAGCCCUCACGCAGCUCGCACGACCCCCGUCCCACGCGCCCGACAUCGAUCAUCGACGCGAACCCGACCUCGGAGCCGAUGCGCCGGUCCAACUCAUGGUGGCUGCGUUUCGCGAAGACGCCGCUACUCGACCGCCGCCUGAGCGACGCGAGCCGCGGGCGGCGAGGGAGCAGCAGUAGCGGACUCAUCGACAUCCGCGACCCGCAGUCGCACCCACCGCGGCUCGCGCUCAUCGAGGAGUCUGGCGACUCGCAAACGCACUCGCACACCCACUCAGGCUCUGGCGGGGACGGCAGGCGGGGCGGCAUGUACGCGAGCACGACGCACGGGCGGUCCGCGUCGUCGCUGCAGACGGCGAAGACGGCGGACUCGGAGAUGGUCGAGAAGAUGGGGCGCACGAUGGACAUCGUCCAGAAGGGCACGGUGAGCAGCCACUCGAGCGGGCCGAGCAUGGCGAGCCGCGAGUCUGCGUCGCGCAAGACGUCGCUCACGCCGACCAUCCUCGAGGACGGCGCGAGUCCGACGGAGGUGGGCCUCCGCGGCGUCGCGGCGCGCACGGGCUUCUUCCCGGCGCCGCCGGUGUCGCCGCGCGCGAGUCCGCCGCGGCGGCCGACGGUUGGCCAGGUCGCCGCGAGGGUGCAGCUGUACGAGCGGCGGAUGUCGGACCGGUCGAGCGUGUACACGGUUGCGCCGAAGAUGCCGCUGUUUGUCGCGAAUCCUGACCAUCGACAAGGCGGGUCGGGAGACUCUGGGAGCACGUCGUGAUCUGCGUGAUCCUGCUCUUCGCCGUCGUCCGGGUGCGGACGAUGUGCGACUCGGAGGCGGGUUCUGUUCUCCCGUCUCCGUAGACUACUGGGGAUACAUACAUACCAUAUGGACUUGCGUCUGCGCGGACAGUUGUUCUAAUGACCCUUGCUUCUGCUUCUGUAUUUUUUUCCUCUGCGUUCACGCUUACGAUUCACGACUACUGACGACUUCUUGCUUCAUUUUCGCAUUUACGAGUAGGUAGCAUCACGACGAGCCAUGUGUUGUUCAAAUUUGUACCGCUAUUGUUACAGUGUAGCUGAAGCUUUUCUUCUUUACGAAGACAAAUAUAUCCUAAGGCGUAUGUCCACGGAGCUUCCUCGCAGCCGAGACUCGCCGUACGUUCGGUGAGAAGGUCCGGAAGAUG